UUUAAUUCAAAAAUUAAUAAGGCGACAGCGUUUCUGCCUUUCCAGCCGCAAAAUUACUAUAAAAGCAACCCUUUUCCGGAAACUUCUAACCGGACACUUCUAACAACUCUACUUGUUCUCUCCAUUUCGCGUGCUGUUUUCUCAACUAUUUUCCCAGGCUGGUUCUCUUCGAUUUUAUUGAGCAUCUGAAGGAUUGGUGGUAUUCUGUUGAAACUGGUUAGGAUUUUUAUCUUCUUAUCUUUUUGCUACUUGUGUAGUUUACCUCCCAUAAGCCCCACCCCUUUUUCUGUCUUCCUUUCCUUUAAAGUGAUAUCUGGGAAAGGGGCGAGGCUUAUGGGGGGUAAACUACACAAGUAACCUUUUUCAUUUUUUCAGCUUCUAGUUCCGAUCCGGACUGUUCAACAAUGCUGUCUCCUUCAUUUGAAUGCGUCUCAGUCAACACCCAGCCAACAGAAAGGGCAAAUUCAACCUACAUUCAACCUCAACCAACAGAGCGUGUGUCAGAAUAUGUUAUUGGUGGUGAAUCCAACGCUGUGAGGGAGUAUGACAUGUCCGAGUAUGUGGCGGGACAAGCUGGGAAUACUGCAAAUAACGACAACACAAGAACGGCAACAACAGCAGUCACAGAAAGCACAACAGCAGUCGCAACAACAACUGCUGUGGCGAUAGCUACUCCAGCGCCUUCAACCAACAAGCCUUCAACAAGUAAUGCAACAACUUCGAGCAGUACCACACCUGGACAUCGAUCAACUCCGCCACAUCCUCCACCACCUCCUGAUCACCAUUCUUCUCGUCAUAAUCGUUCAAGAUCAACAGGAGCUCAUCAUCCUCAUGAAUCAGCAGGAAGUUCGACAGUUGUGCCGCCUCCAGAAUUUUUGAUUCUGCGUUGUUACUCCAUGGAAAAACACCCAAAAUUGAGUCGUUCUGCAAUUCGGGAUGCUGUAUAUGGUGGAAAGAUUUCACUUCCGCCAUCCUUCAUACUCCAUUUGCAAUACAUCUAUGCUUUCUACACUGUUAAAAUAGUCAACUAUAAAAUUACUCCAUUGGCACAACCAUCACUGGAAGAAAUUGUUGAAAAACCUUCUAGAGUGUUCUGCGGUGCGCUAGAUUAUGAAUCUCCUGAGGAUCAAUGUUAUUUGCCUCCUUGGAUGAUGCAACAAUUGAAAUUGCAUGAUGGUUAUCCUGUCUGGAUUCAGCACGUAAUCAACUUCAAAGCUGCAACUUUUGCAAAAUUCAAGCCGAUUCUGUCUAAGCGAGUGCUCUCCAUUAUUAACGAUGAAAACAUUAAAAAGGUUCGACAAGUGCUUGAAGUGCAGCUGAAUAAAUAUCAGUGCUUGUCUGUUGGGGAUGAAAUUGCUAUUGAGUACAACAAGGACGAACUUCGCUUUCGAGUGACUGACUUAAAACCAAAUCGGCUUUGCGACAUUACAAAUUGUGAUUUGAAGGUGGAUUUUGAUGAUUACGAGCUGCUUACAGAAACGGCUAUUUUUGAUGAACACAAAAUGGAGCCUGAAAUUGAUGAGGACUACAAGCCUGGACAGCUAACAUUUAUGAGAAGGGAGGGAUAUAAGGCACAUAAAUUGGUCAAGGAAAUGGAGAAGCUCAACAACACUGACAACCCUAAACCAAAGGACAAUGAUGUCAAGAAGAGUGGCUUCAGCGGGAAAGGCUUCAAACUUGGAAAGAAACCAAAAUAA